AUGGCAGCGUUGCAACGACUUAUGACUGAACUGAAUGAUUUGCAAGCAAAUCCUCAGCCUUUUGUUUCUGUGAAUACUCACCAGGGAGACUACUAUGAAUGACUCGGAAAUCUCAAUGGGCCUGAAGGCACUGCUUUUGAAGGCGGUCUUUUUGAAUUUUUAAUAAAAUUUUCCAAAAAAUACCCAAGCAAGCCUCCCAAAGUAUAUUUUCAGACACCCAUAUUCCAUCCAAAUAUUUUCCCUAGCAAUGGAAGAGUUUGUCAUUCUCUGCUUAACCAUAUGUGAAACCCAAACUGCCAUCCCAGGGUUAUCAUUGACUAUCUCAUCGAAUUACUGAACAGGCCUGAGCCAGAGCAUGGAUUUAUGUGUGAGGCAGCUGAUAUUUGCUUAAUAAGCAGAGAAGAAUGAUUCAAUAUAGCAAGAGAAAGAACAUUUAGAGAUGCAUUUGGAUAA